AUGAGGUCUGUAAAUAAUACAAUAAGAGCCGCUAGUUAAAGUAAUGGGAAGCAUAGAUUUCUGAAAGUUCCUACAAAAAACAAGCAUCAUGUCACCCUUGCGCCAAUAAAUAGAUUCAUUCAAAUUAAAGAUUGUGCUUAAAAGGAUGGCCAAUACAAACUAGGUAGAUUGAUUGGUUCUGGUUCAAAUGCUCAAGUAUAUCAGGCAAUGAACAUGAAUACUGGCGAGGUUGUGGCUUGUAAAAAAAUACUGUUCAAAUUCAAGAAUCAGUAAAAAGUAGAUAUUGAACUGUCAUUUCUAUAAAUCCUAUAACACCAAAACAUAAUCAAAUAUAUAUCUCAUGUGUCCACCAAGGAUAGUUUAUUAAUUUAUUAAGAAUAUAUGCCAAUGGGCUCAAUUUCUCAAUUAUUAAAUGAAUUUGGCCCAAUGACAGAGUCAACUAUCAAAACCUAUACUCAUCAAAUCCUCAACGGCUUAGAAUACUUACAUAAUAAAGGGAUAUUACAUUUAGAUCUAAAAUCUAGUAACAUCUUGUUAGACUCAUGUGGUGACAUUAAAAUCUCAGAUUUUGGUUGUAGCAGACAUAUCAAACAAGAUUUAUGUCAGAGUAUUCUUCAAGGGAGUGUUCCUUGGAUGGCCCCAGAAGUCGUUAGAUAAGAACAAAUUGAUACUCCAGCAGACAUUUGGUCAUUUGGAUGUGUGAUUUUAGAGAUGUUAACUGGGAAACAUCCUUGGUUUGAAUAACUUGAUUUUGAUAAUGUUGCAUCAACACUUCUCGCAAUUGCAUUUAAUCAAGAAUCACCUAAAAUUCCAGGCUACGUUUCUGAAGAAUUAAAGAACUUUCUUCUAAUGUGUUUCUCGUAAGAUCCAUUAUAAAGAGCAACAAUAUAACAACUUAGAUAGAGUGCUUUUUUAUAAUGA